CAGAAGUAUAAAAGCUGAAGUUAAGUGUAAGUUGCGAGAAGGGGCAGUUGAUCCUUGUGCAACAAUAAUGGCAGACGCCUGGGAUAAACCACACUUUGCAGCCAGGCGGUAUCAAGAGACUACAAGAGGGUCUGCAUUUGCUUAUACAAACAGCAACAAUACCAGAGAUCCUUUUGAAGGUCCUAAUUACCAUAUCGCCCCUCGAUGGGUUUACAAUGUUUCAACAUGUUGGAUGUUAUUUGUGGUCGUUGCAUCAGUAUUCACAAAUGGACUCGUCUUGGUGGCGACAGCAAAAUUUAAGAAACUGCGUCACCCUCUCAAUUGGAUUCUGGUCAAUCUUGCCAUUGCUGAUCUUGGAGAAACAGUUUUUGCCAGCACUAUCAGCGUUUGCAACCAGUUUUUUGGCUAUUUUAUUCUGGGACACCCAAUGUGCAUAUUUGAGGGUUUCACUGUCUCGACUUGUGGUAUCACCGCUCUUUGGUCCCUGACUAUUAUAUCUUGGGAGAGAUGGAUAGUUGUAUGCAAACCAUUUGGAAAUGUUAAAUUUGAUGGCAAAUGGGCUACAGGUGGAAUUGUGUUUUCCUGGGUCUGGUCAGCCGUAUGGUGUGCGCCCCCAAUCUUUGGAUGGAGUAGGUACUGGCCUCACGGAUUAAAAACAUCCUGCGGCCCUGAUGUAUUCAGUGGAAGUGAAGACCCUGGUGUUCAGUCCUAUAUGGUUGUUCUUAUGAUUACUUGUUGCUUGAUUCCACUGGCCAUCAUUAUAUUGUGCUACUUUGCAGUGUGGUGGGCCAUCCGAACUGUUGCCAUGCAGCAGAAGGAAUCUGAGUCCACACAGAAAGCAGAGAGAGAAGUAUCCAGGAUGGUGGUCGUCAUGAUCCUUGCAUACAUUUUUUGCUGGGGACCAUACACAUUUUUUGCCUGCUUUGCCGCAGCAAAUCCCGGAUAUGCUUUCCAUCCUCUUGCUGCAGCAAUGCCGGCAUAUUUCGCCAAAAGUGCAACUAUCUACAACCCAAUCAUCUACGUUUUUAUGAAUCGACAGUUCCGGACAUGCAUCAUGCAGCUCUUUGGCAAACAAGUAGAUGAUGGCUCAGAAGUAUCUACGUCAAAGACAGAAGUCUCCUCUGUGGCUCCUGCAUAAAGUCCUCUCUGAGUGAAGAUUUGGGAAUCAACAUAAUUUGUACACUGAUGUUUAAUAUUUAUUUUUGCUUACAAAUGAUGUCUAGUAAAUAUAGUUUUCUGGCAAAUGAAAAAUAAAAUAAAAACAUGCAGCAAAUCCAUCUAUUAUUUUCUUUUUAUCACAGGAAGUUGUAGUGAUCAAAUGCUGAGCCACUCAGCUUUCAUAUUGAGAUUUUAUUUUAUUUGUUUAUUUUUUUUGCUAUAUUGUU